UGACCAUGUGGUGCUGAAGGUUGCCCCGUGAAGCCUGGUCUGUUUAUGUCAGCUGGCAUUAGAUCAGCGAGCAAGUCUGUGGCACUCAGUCUGCAGCAGAACCCUCGCUCGGAGACAGAACGAAGAUUUGGCAUCACUUGUCAGGACUCCCCCUGCUUCACCCUCGUGAUGUACGGGCUGCUGUGUGAGAGUCUGCACGAUUUCAUCAAGGAGUCGUACGGAGACGAUGUGUGGAAGCUGGUGCGGGAGCGGGCUGAUGUGAGGCUUCACUCAUUUGUAACUCAUGAGGUCUACAGUGAGAGUGUCAUCCCAGGCAUCGCCAUGGCAGCAAGCGGAGUGACUGGCACCCCCUACAGCGAGCUGAUGAACUCCUGGGGCGUCUACUUCCUAGGAUUCGUGGGGAAGUAUGGAUAUGACCGGAUCCUGAAGGUCCUGGGUAGACACGUGCGAGACUUUGUGAAUGGCUUGGACAAUCUACACGAGUACCUUCGCUUCAGUUAUCCUAAGGUGCAGCCUCCAACAUUCUUCUGCCAGGAGGAGUCGGCUACAGGAGUUACACUGCACUACAGGAGUAAACGGAAAGGAUACCUUCACUAUGCCAUGGGACAGCUGCGACAGAUGGGGAAGCAGUUCUAUGACACAGAUAUUCACGUGGAGGUGCUGUCAGAACAGUUGGUGGGUGAUUACUCACAUGUUACCAUGAGGCUGAACUUUGACAACUCUGCCUACCGCUACAUUCAGAAGGAGGACACUGAUGAGCAGGAGAUGCUGCCGUUCACCAGUGACUUCUUCUUCGAAGUUUUCCCCUUUAACAUCGUCUUCAGACAGGACAUGGUGGUCCACAAUGUGGGAUCGGGACUGGCCACCGUCUUCCCCGACCUGGAUGGCAAACUGAUCACCGACACCUUCCUGCUGGCCCGGCCCCUUGUGGAGUUUACGUGGAACAUGAUCAUAUCCCAUCCCAACAACCUGUUUGAGAUCAUCUCCAAAGAGCCUGUAAAACGAGAGCGGAACCUCCACAACAGAGUGCAGAAUGCUGACUAUGAGAAUGCAAAUCGUGCUGGGGACGUCAGCGUGCUGCUCCUGGCCUUUCAGUCAAUAGUUGGUGAUGAUUAUAAAGAUGGACACAGUUCAAGCAGAGCAGACACCGGGGGAGAUGGCAGCCGCUGUCUUCGGCUGAAGGGACAGAUGAGAUACAUGCCAGAGUGGGAAUCCAUCAUCUUCCUGGGGACUCCUGUCAUGGAAAGUCUCGGAGCCAUGUUUAAGACCGGUCUGUACAUCAACGACCUCAGCAUGCAUGACUCCAGCCGGGACCUGGUCCUCGCUGGGACACAGCAGUCUGAGGAGCUGAAACGAGCUCUGAUACAGGAGCAGAAAAAGUCUAGCAAGCUGGAGGAGAGCAUGAAGAUGCUGGAUUACGAGAUGAAAAAGACAGACGACCUCCUCUACAGAAUGAUUCCCAAACCUGUGGCCAAGAGUCUGCGCAAAGGAGUGCCCUCAGUCAACACCUGCGAAGUAUUCCCGGAUGUUACCAUCCUGUUCAGCGAUGUGGUUGGCUUUACUCGGAUCUGCAGCCACAUUACCCCAAUGCAGGUGGUGUCGAUGUUGAACACGAUGUACACGCUGUUCGACACCCUGAGUGAGAAGCACAGGGUGUUCAAGGUAGAGACCAUCGGUGAUGCAUACAUGGUGGUGGCAGGCGUCCCCGAGAAAACCAAGUUUCAUGCCCAUAACAUCUGUGACAUGGCACUGGAUAUGGUCCGGUCCAUUGACCACCUCAAGGACCCAUCCACAGGGAACAACAUCCAGAUCCGUGUUGGUGUUCAUUCUGGGAUGGUAGUAGCAGGGGUGGUUGGCCACAAGAUGCCUCGCUUUGGGCUGUACGGAGAUACCGUCCACACAGCAUCAGCCAUGGAAAGUAACGGCAAGGAAAUGCACAUACAGUCGAGUGGUGCCACGUACGAGCAUCUUGUUGACAGCCCUUUUAUCUUCGAAAGACGUGGGACAAUAACAAUUAAGGGGAAUGUGGAAAUCGAGACCUACUGGCUGAAAGGGAAGAGGGACAAGGAUGGCAAUGCACAGGCUGCCUGUCCACAGUUUGAGCAACAAACAAUUGGCACGACAGUGUCACCCCACCCUUCAGUAUCCAGCAACAAAAAGUUGGUAAAUCUCAGCACUGUGAGAGAAGAUGAGACAGUGAAAUCUGAGAGCCUGCAACAAAUGAAGAUGGGAUCAUCAACCACAUCGCUGGUGAAGACACCAGAGGAUUUCAGCACUGAUGAAAAUUCUUCAACCAAGGGCUAUCACAAAGAGUCUUUCCUGGAGAAAGUGUCGGAGGAAACAACUGAAGCGCAUGAACACCCUCUCUUUGCUUCUCCAAGGAGGCCCCAGGCGCGCCCUCUGGCCAUGUUACGGGAUGGUGCAGGCUCCACCCGCACCCAGUUCUGCCAACUGGUCUGAUUGUUCACCGCACUCUGCUUGAGCCCACCUUUCCAGCCUGGCAUUGGACUGACAUGCAUUAGGUUUGAUAAGCUUGGGACACUCCCCAUGGCAGCUCCUUGACCUCGUUACUGUUAAUUCAGAGUUUUUGGAAUAUUCCCCAUGUGAAAUUGUCUUUUCCCUAUGUGAUUAUGUAGAUAAUUUUAUCUUUAGGCCAGGCUUUGCUUUAUUUUGAAUAAUAAAGUAGCUGAAGUAGUGUUGCAACUUUGGUGAUCU